GCUGGUUUUCAAGAACAAAUAUUUUUGCCGAAACUAGAAGUCCGACUUUUAACAAUCGGUUAUAGUUGCGGAACAACUGAAUGUUUUGCUCCAUGGUCACCGUACCAAUUUUGUUACAUUGCUGCUAUCAACUUUGUUAAAUUGUUGCCUGCCUUUGGUAUUCGGAAACAACUCAAUUAGUGGGCUUUUGGAGAGAUUAUCCCGAUACAACAAAUACUGUGGAAACAGUUUUUUUGACCAGUGUAUGGAUUUUUUCUUUUUUUACAUGUUCCACCCAUAAAUACCGAUAUGCAGAUAGUCUUUUUAUUUAUAGUUUCUCUAUUUUUAACGAAUGGUGCAACAAAGCCGCCUGCGGAGGUUGUAGAUCCUGAAUAUGACUUCCUCAGUUCCAUGCUUUCAGACUUUGAGGUGCUGCCCCUCGCCAGUCUCCAGACUCACUCGGUCCGGCGACGGGACCUCCAGACACAGACCCACGUGGAACGACAUCUCAGCUUCACUGCCUUACAGAGGCAUUUCAAGCUGUAUCUGAGGACCAACACGGAGCUGUUCACAGAGGACUUCAGUGCCGUGUUCGUGGAUAAGGAUGGACAGGAGGACAGUUACGAGGUCAACAGACAGAACUUCUUCACCGGCCAUGUCAUAGGGGAGGAGAACUCUAGAGUGCAGGCGCAUAUUGAUGACAAUGACUUCUCGGCACACAUCCUCACUGACGGAGCAGAGUACAACAUUGAGCCCCUGUGGAGGUUUACGUCGGCGCCCCCCGAUGGCCGUUUGCUGGUAUACCGUCCUGAGCACAUAAGGAACAUCAGCCGACUGGCCUCGCCCAAGGUCUGUGGCUACGUGAAGGCUGACUCCAAUGACCUGCUGCCUGAGAGUAUGAGAUCAGCUAGACUGGAGGAUGAGGAGGAAGAGCCCCUGGUCAGAGAGAAGAGACAGGCCCAUGACCACAGGAAGAACACCUGUCCUUUACUCUUGGUGGCUGACCAUCGCUUCUUCCAAGAGAUGGGCCGUGGCGAGGAGAGCACUACCCUCAACUACCUGAUCGAGCUGAUUGACCGUGUGGAUGACAUCUACAGGUCGACGUCGUGGGAUGACGAGUAUAAAGGAUACGGGGUUCAGAUCCAACAGAUCAUCAUUGAGAAGCUCCCCACCCGCGUACCUCCAGGGGAGGCCCACUUCAACAUGAGGGGAAGUCCCGUCGAGGGCAAGGAUGUCUGGGACGUGAAGAAGCUUUUGGAGCAAUUCAGUGUGGACAUAGCAGACAACGCGUCCAAGGUGUGUCUGGCUCACCUGUUCACCUACCAGGACUUUGACGAGGGGACCCUGGGCCUGGCCUACGUGGCCCCCUCCAGACAGGGCAUCCCUGGGGGCCUCUGCUCAGAGAAGUGCCCUCCGUCUUCGCCUGAGACGAGAGCUAUUUAUCUCAACACAGGGCUCACCAGCACUAAGAACUAUGGGAAAACUAUUCUGACCAAGGAGGCAGACCUGGUGACGACUCACGAGCUGGGCCAUAACUUUGGGGCAGAGCACGACCCUGAUAACAUCCCCUACUGUGCUCCCAGGGAAGACCAGGGGGGCAAAUACGUCAUGUACCCCAUCGCUGUGAGCGGAGACCACGUCAACAACAAGCUUUUCUCCAACUGCAGUAAGAUCUCCAUUGUGAAGCGUCUGAGGAACAAGGCUCCAGUGUGCUUCAGGGAGAGGAACAGUAACGUGUGUGGGAACAGCAGGGUGGAACAGGGCGAGGAGUGUGACCCGGGACUGCUGCACAUCAACGAUGACCGCUGCUGUACCUCCGACUGCAAGCUCCGCCCCACAGCCAAGUGCAGUGACAUGAACAGUGCAUGCUGUAAGCAGUGCCAGUAUGAGAGGGAGGGCAAGGUGUGCCAGGAGCCCAUCAGUGCCACCUGUAAGGGCAGGUCCUACUGCACAGGCAACAGUAGUGAGUGUCCGUCUCCUGAGAACGCCCCUGACGAGACCGUGUGUUUGGACAACGGAGAGUGUCUGGACGGUGUGUGUAUCCCUUUCUGUGAGGCCGUCAAGAACCUGCAGUCCUGCGCCUGCAAUGAAACCAACUCGUCAUGUAAAGUGUGCUGUCGAAGCACCAGUGGAGUGUGCGCCCCAUUCCAGGACGACGGAGGGGACUACAUCUACCUCCGCAAGGGAAAACCCUGCACCGUGGGCUUCUGUGACGGAGCAGGUAAAUGUAUGAAGCAAGUUCAGGAUGUCAUUGAGAGGCUGUGGGAUUUCAUUGACAAGCUGGACAUCAACACGUUUCGGAAGUUUUUGGCGGACAACAUCGUGGGCUCUGUGGUGGUCUUCUCGUUGGUCUUCUGGGUCCCCCUCAGCAUCCUGGUUCACUGUGUGGAUAAAAAACUGGAUCAGCAGUAUGAACAGACCACCAAGUCUCUGCUUUUUCCGAGUAAUGCAGAGUUUAUGAGUAGUCUGGAGUCAGCCUCCGUGCGGAUCUUCAAACCCCCUGCCAUCUCAGCCCUGCGCUUCCAGGCCUCUGGCCCCCAGCAGACCAGCACUCCCCCCAUCCAAGCCCCAACUCCAGCUCGAACCCCUGGGGCCCACGUCCCAACCUCCACUCCCAGCCCUAGCCAGAGUCCCCUGCCCCCCCUGGAGAGCCCACGGAUGGCCACCAUCCAGGAGGACCCCAGUAUUGACUCCCACCUGGAUGAAGAGGCUCUGGAGGGCGACUUUCCCAUGGGGAGUUCGGCUCCACACUCCUUUGAGGAUCUGACAGAGCGUGGGCCCCUGGCCCGACGCAGUGACAAGGCCCUGUCCUUCAGACUCCAGAGACAGGCCCACAUCCGCAUCAACAGCAAGGAGACAGAGUGCUGAGAAAGGGAGGGGAAGAGAGAGAGAGAGAGAGAGAGAGAUAAAGAGGGCUCUUAACACAGAGGAGACUGAGAAAGAAAAAGGGAGAGAAAGAGACUGGAGGAGGAGAGGAGAGAGCGUGGGAGAGGAUGCUCACCCAAUCACCACUGAAUGGCAGACCACAGAGUAAAACAAGCUGGACUUGUCUGAUACUAUAUGUGGGCUGAGUUAUAUAAUGUAUUAUAGGAAGUUGGAGAGCAGCUUCAGUUGAAAAUAGGAUCCACUGGGCUAAAAUGAAACCGAUUGAGCAUUGAAAAGCUAAAUUCUUCAGAACUGAAAUUAGAAAUCAACAUAGUCAAUCUUUCACAGAUGAAACGAUCAAGUCUAGAAUUGUCUUGGUAAAUUGUAGUGCCUGGCUAAUUAGAAGGACCUGCGACGACCAGGUCAUAUUGAUGAUGUAUUGUUUAAAACUAUCCUGGGUUGCUCACUUGCACAGCCUGGCAUAUGAACAUGUUACACCAUGCCUCCGUGUAUGUAGUUGAGUAGGUUGACAGUGACACUUUUGGCGCAGUUUGAUAUCAGGUUUUGAAAAUAGGUCAACAAAUACAUGCUUAACACCCGUAUGCAUACAUCACCAGCAGUACUGUGGCUAUGUCUGUAAUAUCAUUGGCCUGGUGCUAGUUAAUGUACUUUGUGGCACAGCAAUAUAACACUAGUUUACCGCUUUGCUCUUCGUAACCAUGACAACAUGUAA